AAAUUUGAUAAGGGUUGUUUUCGUUUGUAGCUUCUGUACUUGAUAGAGACGUUUUUCUUUUGUGAAAAGCUUUGCUACGGAUGCAGUUUGAAUCUUUAUUUCAUUGUAGUCAUUUGCUUUGAUCUCCACCUUUGCUGAUUGUUUAUUCAUUAUUCGCGACUGCGUGUUUAUUAUUAUAAUUUUGCACGUUGAUCUCUCAAGAUUGGCGCGAGAUUUAUCGCAUUGGACAACUAUGGCUUGAUCAAAUGCCGUCAUUAAACGGACGAGCUCAGUAUUUCGCAGCCUUGAUCUUGGGCAAGCAAUUUUUCUCCCUGAUGCACGUGUUGUAUGGUAUACAUGAACUGAUCCCAUCUGAAAAUGGCUGAAGUUAGAACGAUCGCCUCUGCAAUGAAUGAAAGCGAUGGGGUUGACCUAGACGAGAUCAAGCCUCAAAACAAUGUGGACAAUGAGGAAUUCCGCAAGGUCUUCGACAGGCCCUUCGCUGCUCCAAAGCCGUCGGAGUCAGCUCCUCAAACCACUCAAGUCAAAACGUCUCACUAUGAUUACAAUUUUGACGAAAAGGAUUACAAAAGUCGUCGUGUAUCAUCCACCAGUUUCCAUGAACCUUUAAAAAGGAUUCAUUCUCGUAGCCGUAAUUUGGAAAAACUGGAUAAAACUGAUGGCAGUGCAAAAGAGCACAAGAGAAGAUCACGAGAAGGGAUUCGUGUUCUCCCAAAAAUCAAGGAAGAUCAAGAAUCUCAUGAUCAUUUUGAAGGCGGAAAAGAAAACCAAGAAGUCUGGAAAUAUGUAGAUGAAGGGAAACACCGACACCGACACCAUAGCCGUCAUCACCGUGAACACAAAGUUGAUCAGAAGGACCAUAAAGUGCAUAAAGAUCAGAAAGACGAGGGUGAGAAGAAACCUCAUCAUCACCAUCAUCAUCAUCGGCGGCAUCAUCAUCGACACCCACCCCCUGCCCUGCAUCACCACAGAACCAUCUCAGAGAGGGAGCAGCUGGAAUCAAGACUGCGCUCUGGAGCACUGACCUUGAAGGAGAUUGAACCUAUUCAAGAACGGCUGGCAACAGAAAAAGACGAAGCAAGUGUUUUGGCCAAAAGAGAUUUGGAAGAAAUGGCAUGGCAUCGUUUUGAGGAUCUAAGAGGUCUUAGGAGGCGGCGUCCACAUCUUCCACGGCAUAAAUCAGGAAUGAAAACACACUAUAGUAGCACAGACAUUAGCAGAAGCUUGCAGAGGUUCCCUGUGAAGUACGACCAUAGUCCCCAUGAGGCAUUUGUUGAGUUGGAGCAAUUAACAAAGCAUGGGGAGGAAAUGGAAUGGCAAGAGACAGCACGGUGGAUUAAGUUUGAAGAAAAUGUGGAAGAUUCUAACCGCUGGGGAAAGCCUCACGUGGCUUCACUUACAUUCCACAGCCUUUUAGAACUACGAAAAGGUUUAGAAAAAGGCACUGUGUUGUUGGACUUGGAAAAAUUUGAUUUACCAAGCAUUGCUGAAGCAGUGGUUGAAAACUUGAUGAUCUCAGACCAGCUGAGUCAGACGGACAGUAACAAAGUGCUGGCAGCAUUGCUUUUACGACAUAGACAUCAGCAUCAGAUGGCGCCAAUUGCACGGCGUCCAUCUUCAUACAAUCUUCUGGCUAUGGCACGGAAAGAGUCCAAAACCCCAACUGCAGAUGACACUGAACACAAAAUUGUUGAUACUGGAGAGGGUGAUAAAAUGGAAGAUGGGGUAAUACGAUUGAGGAUUGAUGAUUCAACUGAUGGCGAUGACACGGCUGUUCAAGAAACAAGCCAAUUGCCAUUGACUACUGAUGACAAACAUGAGCUAAAGCAUGAAGUUUCAUUUGCACCAGAGCCUCCUUCAGUGGAGGGAGGUGGAGGAAAACAAGAAUCCGAUGUGAAAUCUAAAAUUCCCGAGGGAGCAGAAGCUACAACUGUCCUAGUAGGAACACUAGAUGAGCUGCAACAACCAGUACUGGCAUUUGUCCGUCUUGCCAAGGGCUGUCCCUUGAACAUCACUGAGGUAUCCAUACCUGUCCGGUUCUUGUUUGUCUUGUUGGGCCCAAGCUCCGAGGAAGAGUCGUACUAUGAAAUUGGUCGUUCUGUGGCUACCUUGAUGUCUGACCAGGCAUUUCAUGACGUUGCAUAUCAAGCUGACUCUCGUGAGGACCUCCUAUCAGCCAUUAAUGGCUUCCUUGAUGACACAGUUGUCUUGCCACCUGGGGAAUGGGAUCGUAAUGUAUUGGCACCCAUCCUGAUUGCUCAAAGUAAGGCCAUGGCCAGGAGAAGGAAAAUGGCCAAAGCUGCUCUCGCGGCUGCUGCAGAAGAACUAGAAGAAGAUCCUCUGGACAGAACAGGUUCAUUCUGUGGUGGCCUGGUGUUGGACAUCAAACGACGUGCAAAAUUUUAUCUCAGUGACUUUAAAGACGGCUUCAAUGUGCAGUGUCUCUUGACAUCAAUCUUUCUUUACUUUUCUGUCUUUGCACCAAAUAUUGCCUUUGGUAGUAUUCUUGAUAAGAAGACCGAUGGCUGGCUUGGAGUGUCUGAAGUUAUUUUUGCAACUUGUCUCUGUGGAAUAUUGUUUGGACUUCUUGCUGGACAGCCACUAAUCAUAAUCGGAGUAACUGGCCCUGUGUUGGUUUUUGAGCAGACUAUCUACAAGUUCUGCAGUGUAUAUCAUGUGGAAUUUCUGCCAUGGCGCUGUUGGAUUGGUUUCUGGGUCAUGCUGAUACUGUUUGGAGUGGUAGCUAUGGAGGGUUGUUUUCUGGUUCGCUACUUCACACGCUUCACUGAAGAAAUAUUUGCUUGUCUCAUUUCUGCCAUCUUCAUCUAUGAAGCAAUCCACUUUUUACAAGUGGUUUUUGAAGAGAAUCCUUUAAAGAAAACAUACUCAGCAUCAGAGGAUUCUUCUGAAGUUGGAGUGAAGGGACAACCAAACACUGCUCUUCUUUCCACGAUCAUGGUUCUGGGAACUUUCCUUGUGGCAUUUUACUUGAGGAAAUUUAGGACAAGUUACUUUUUUGGGAAGAAGGCCAGGAGGCUGGUGAGCGACUUUGGCAUUGUCAUAGCUAUGGCGUUAAUGCUGUUGCUUGAUGUUUUCCUGCACGACAAAGUUAGCACUCCAAAGAUUGCCAUUGGGGAUCCAACAAAAAGAGGGUUUUUACCAACCAGGUUCACCGAGAGAGGUUGGUUUAUUAACCCUGGAGGUAUGAUGAAAGCCAUGGAAACUGGAUGGAUUUUUGCAGCUAUCAUCCCUGCUCUGUUUGUUGGAAUUUUGUUAUUUAUGGAAACAGAACUGACUGGGGUGCUUUUGAACAAGAAAGAGAACAAACUAAGCAAAGGACCAGGGUUUAACUUAGACUUGUGCGUCAUGGGACUAUUGUCAUUCAUUUGUUCAUUGAUGGGAUUGCCAUGGAUGUGUGCAGCAACUGUUCGUUCAGUGUCGCACUUAAAUGCGCUCUCCAUCUGGAGCACUUCACAUGCACCAGGGGUCAAACCACAUCUCAUUGAAGUCAAGGAGCAGAGAGUCACAAAUAUUGCCAUACAUGCACUCACAGGCUUGUCCAUUCUCCUCGCACCAGCUCUUCACCUCAUUCCUGUUCCAGUCAUGUUCGGUGUUCUAUUAUAUCUUGGUGUUUGUUCGUUAGCUGGAAUUCAACUAAUCGACAGGCUUAUAAUGAUGUUUAUGCCGCCAAAGUACCACCCAGAUGUACAGUACGUAAGAAAGGUUAGUACAAAACAGAUUCACAUUUACACGGCCAUCCAGUUGAUCUGCUUUGCUCUUCUCAUUGUGGUCAAGUUAACUGUGAUUGCACCGUCAUUUCCAUUCUUCAUCAUUUGCUUGAUUCCUCUGCGGAAGUCAUUGAUAAAGUUCUUUGAAGAGAAUGAACUUGAAGAGCUUGACAAUGAACAACUACCUGAUGACGACAGUGACUUGGAUGAGUAUGACAGUGUGUUCUUACCAAUUUAAAGAAGAAAGAACAACAUGCUAAAUCGAGAUCUUGUACAUUUGAUUGUUUGGGUUCAAUUUUCUGUCACCAAUUUUGGCAUUGCAUUGAAUCAUUCAGAUCAUCAUUUUAGGUCAGUGAAAUCUUAACUGUGUAAGACCUCCUGUGUAGAGUUCUGUUACACGGGACAUUUGUUUGUGUGUUACUUGUCAUCGCAAUUUUGUUGCAGCACUCCCUUUAAGGGAAAUUUUUGGAGCAACAAACCUCCUAAAACAGCUUGCCUCGUAAUGUUUCCCGGGGGGGAUCUAGGAUUUUUCAAGUCAGGGUGGCUGGUAUUGUGGGGUUGCACAAUCAGUUGGGCACCCCAAAAUGUUUUAAUUUGAGAAUUUGAAUUUUACAUCAAAAAACCUACCAAUGCCUUCUUUUCUGCUAUAAUAUUCACAAUUUAUUUCAAUUCUUUCUAUUUUUUGCUUCUCCAAAAUGGGGGUGCUAGGCACCCAAUNCCCC